UUGUUCGGUUUGGGGGUUGGGGCGGGAAACGCCUACUCGGAGCGUCACAAGUUGAUUUCUUAGGUGCCAGUGGGUGGUCCUGGUCCGCGGGCGGGACUUGGGAAGCUCAGGAGACGGAAGAGUUAGAGCCGACGGAGGGCCACACGUGUUCUCCCAGAUUCCCUCUUCGGCGCUGGUUUUCGGAUCUCACAAGGAGCCGGUGCUCAAUAUAAAAGCUUCACAACAGGCUAAACAACGAGAAAAGGGCUGCUGACCACCCCGCUGCCUCCCGGGAGCGUAAGGACGCGCUGUUUGCAGACCAUCACUGAAGAAAACCCUCACAAACCUGUUGAAGUCAAGGAGAUGAGGGCAGGAUCCUCCGUGAAGCAUCAGGGACGCGUGGCCUGCAACGCAGAAGGGCUGAAGGCGUUCUGGGAGCAGAAGGCGCAGCUGCACGCCCAGCAGCUGCGGAGCGAGGACGAGCGUGUCCGCAGGAGCGCCCUGGACAGGCUCCGUGGAGAAUGGGCUCAGAAGCUGGAGUUGAGGCACAGGGUGCUGCAGGCGCCCCGGAAGGCCACCAGACGGUCGUCCCUGCUGGGCACCGAGUCCCUGUGCACUGAAGACAAGACAGCAGCCUGAGUCCUGCGUGGAGCAGGGAUGCACUGCGCUUGAGCUCCCAGAGAAGGAGUGGCCCACAGGGGCCACGCAUGGGUGGGGCCUGCAGAGCCACUGCAGCCAUGACGGGCUCUGCGGGUGCUCUCGCCCGGCUUCGCUCCGGUUGAGCGGCGUGUCAUUGGGUUUGCUUAUCCAGCACAAAGUAGGUGCCCAAUAAAACCCAAGGUAAUUGGA